CAAAUCCCGAAGAAGAUGACGAAGAAGAAGAAGAAGCAGCUGUUUAUCUUCAGUCAGCACCGUUCGUAUGUACCUCAAUAGUCAGCACAGGAUUUAAGUGGUUUUCAGCAUGAAAUGGCAAUGAGUCAGUUUCCCUUCUGCGUAAUAGCCUGGAAACGCUAAAGAUUCGGUGUUGCACGUCUGGACCAAAGCCUCCGGUUGUUUUCGUCACUGUUCUGGUGCAGAAGGAUAUGGUUUUCUCAUCGUCCCAGCAAGUGGUGGUCGCAUUUACGGCGGUGUUGUUUGCYUUUGUGGUGUUCCCUAGAAUGUUCGGCGUAGGGUCCGGAGCGAAGGAAACUAGAGGUUUUGAUGCACGCUACAACAGAAAAGCGGGUCCGGGACCAGGACCAGGUGCAGUGAGAGGGCAGCCGGUCAACAAGAACACGGCUGGCUCCAUGAAUAAAGCUCAAACCCUGGAGAACAUGCAGCAGAUGAAGGUGCUGAUGGAGCAGGAGAUGAAGGGUGACAAAUACAAAACCAACAGCAACAAGGGCUACGUGUUCACGCUGAUGCCGCUCUACGCCGUCGGAGUCGGCCUCUUUGCAGCGUACAAAUUUCUGAAGAUCAAGUCUGCAGAUGACUCUCAAGCCCAAAAGAACAAGGAUGCCAAAGGUCCCAAGAAGUCGGAGGAGACAGAGAAUCAGCUUACAGAGCUGGAGCAGCGGCUAGCGCAAACAGAGAAGAUGCUCAACUCCAUUCUCACCCAACUGGACCCAUUGACAAGUUGUGUCAAGUCUGUGGCCCAGGAACAGAAGAACGAGAUCAUGUCCCAGCUCCAGUCCAUCCGCCACCUGAUGAAGAAGAGAGGCAUGGACUGUCCACCCCUUAACAUUGAAGAGCCGCAGUGCGAGAGGAACCUGGAUGACCUCAUCGAGUCUCUGGCAGCCCACGGCGACACCUCGCCAGAGGUGGUCGCUCCUGCGGAYGACGAUCAAAGUGGUGUCGUGAAAGAGGAGGAGCCAGUCCACCUCCAGCAGCACCGCCCUGAAUCCAAGGAUGAGUACUCYGCAACCGGCGCUGAGGAGGAGGACAUGCCCUCCUUGGAUGAUUCUUGUGAGACKYACAUUGAGGACAUGGGCCCAGCCCAGAGCAUUCCAGAAGAAAGGCCUUCAACUGGGCUCAGACGACGCAACAGGCUGGAAUGAACAGAAAAAAGGGCUUGUUUUAAACUGUACAUGAAUAAAGCCAUACAUGUAUUUUCUCAUUCUUKAUGGCACUACUGCAGUCUGUUCAAUAAUMCUCUUGCUUUUGGCUCGCAGUUGAAUAAGAAAGGGKAGCUAUCAAUGUGAAAGGAUUUUGUCCAAGGUUGUGUGUGAUGAAGGUGAUUUUUCUGUGCCAUCCCUUAAAGCAUAGCAGAUCCCUGGCUAGGCCUAUGUGUAGGGUUAGUGCUUACUCCUGACAAAUAAAAUCCCCAGAAGCCUAACACCAUAUAACGUUUGACUUAGGUCUGGAGGUUUUCCUUGUCACCUGAGUUUUCCAUCCUUGAACCAAACGUUAGUUAGUAUGUAAGGCACCUGUAAAUGUGUUUUCAUCARGUGACUGCUGCUUGGAAACCCUGUACAUCUCAUUAUAUGCUGCCAUCUUUUAGAAAGGGUCUUUACGGCCCUAAAUAUCAAGACUCCAAAGUGUGUGUUAUGCAAUCUUGCAACUGACAUCCGUAUGUCAUAGAAUAGUCAAAAUAAUAAAAAAUGUCAAACAUAGUUAACUAUAAA